AUCACAAUGAAGUUGGAGCUGUUGGUAUGCCUAAUGGCAAUAAUUCUUAGCGUAGACUCAGUACCACUGGUCAAGAAAACAAACAAGAAGUUACUGGUGAUCUCUUUUGAUGGUUUUAGAUGGGACUACGACCAGGAUGUGGACACCCCAAACAUGGACAAAAUGGUGCAGGAUGGGGUCAAAGCCAAGUACAUCACUCCACCAGCCAUCACCAUGACCUCUCCUUCUCACUUCACCACCAUCACUGGUAGAUGGAUAGAGGACCACGGAGUUGUCCACAACAUGAUGUUCAAUACCUCAACGAACCAAAAAGUUCCUCACAAAACCACAAUGCAGAGAUCUGAGUGGUGGGACAACGGUGUGCUGCCACUUUGGAUCACAGCGCAGAACCAAGGUCUGAAAACCGCCUCCUUCUUUUACCCCGGAGGAGGGGCCAAUUACAGCGGCCAAUCCGUAAACAGAGCUCUGGUGGAAAAGCCCGGUCAACCAGACGACAACGAGACCGAGUGGCAAAGUAACAUUGAGACAGUGUUGAGUUGGUUCAGCCAGGAGGACUUUGAUUUUGUGACUCUUUACUACGGGGAGCCAGACAGCGUGGGCCACGCUGUGGGCCCCGAGACAGCAGAGAGGAGGGAGAUCAUCAGGCAGAUAGACCGUACCCUAGGCUACCUGAGGGACGCCAUCACACGCUGGGGUCUGACAGAACACCUCAAUGUGAUCAUCACCUCAGAUCAUGGCAUGACCACCAUUAAAAAAAGACCUGCGGUAGACGAGAUCAUCCUUAAUAAGUACCUCAACUUCUACCAGACGACUUCCUUUGAGCUCCUGGACUACGGAGGGUAUGGGAUGGUAACACCGAAAGAAGGGAAGCUUCAGGAAGUUUAUGAUGCUCUCUCCAAGGCACCAAACCUCACGGUUUUCAAGAAAGAGGACAUGCCAUGGAGUUUUCAUCUGGCCAAGAGUGAAAGAAUCCCACCCAUCAUUAUCAUAGCUGAUGAGGGCUUCAACCUAAACUCUAGACUCCUCGUCUAUGUGAACAAAGGUGAUCAUGGAUUCCACAAUGGGCUAAUGGACAUGAAAAUGAUUUUUCGAGCCUUUGGACCAGAUUUCAAGAAAGGUUACGUGUCCGAGCCCUUCGACAGCAUCCACAUAUACUCCCUAAUGUGCAGGCUCCUGCAGGUAGACCCGGCCCCUAACAAUGGCUCCUUGGCCUUCACUGAGGGCAUGCUGCAUAGUGGUGGAAACAGCAGAACAAGUCAAAUGUCUUUAAGUGUCCUGGCAUCAGUUAUGUUCCUUAUUUUAAAUGUCACAUAGUUUUUCUUUCAGAAUGGACUUGAGUCUAGUCUACAAUCACCCUUCAUAAAACUACACAGACCAGUCUACAGCAAAUCACAAUCUCACAGUCUGCAGACCAGUCUACAGCAUAUCACAACCUCACAGUCUGCAGACCAGUCUACAGCAUAUCACAACCUCACAUUCUAUCGACCAGUCUACAGCAUAUCACAACCUCACAGUCUACAGACCAGUCUACAGCAUAUCCCAACUUCAAAGUCUACAAUCAACAACAACCCCCAGCCAUAAUUAGAAUUUUUAAAAUGGUGUUUGAAUAAAACAUUUGACAAUUUACCAGUUUUUUUAUUUUUAUUGCAUCAAUGUGUCCGUGCAUACCUGCAUAUGUAGUGACCGAUAGUUGUUAAAUUGCUGCAGAUAUAACUGAGGCACACAGCCAAGAUACACUUUGACAUGCUCUUUAUUGCUUUACUUCACAAUUUCAUUGACAUCAGGUUUUGCAUUUCAUCACCUCCCAAAGUUGUCAAAAUAGUUGAAAUGCCACCGAUCACUACGUUUAAGACAGAUCCUUUAACAGGUUGGCCCAGAUCUGUCAGGUGGGACUGACAGGUGGCAACAUGAAUCCUACCCUGCAUCUUGGCUGCUUCACAUAACAGUACUGGAGCACUACUUUGAUGAUGUGUUCUUCAGUGGCAAGGCAGGGAAGACCAAUAAGACACUUGGUAGUUUUAAGUCCCAGCCAGCACUUUUCCUACUUGGAAGUAUCAAGCUAUUACACUUAUACACACCAAGGCACUACAAAAAGUAAAAAAUUAAAAAAUGAAUAAUGAUUAUUUAAAAACAGUAGUUCAAAAAUAAUAUAGACCUCCUGUAUUUUUUACCAUAAUUGUCCUUGAGUGACCAGUAACUGUAAAAUAAUUUGUUAUUUGACAUGGGUUUCCUCCUCUGAUAGAAUAGACCGAUUACUGAUAAGGGAUUGACUACUGAUAAGGCAUGAACUAUUAACUCAUAAAAAAAUGAUCCUCAUUAUCUUCAAAUCUUACCAUUUCUGAAUGCUGUUCCACUCUUGCAAGAAGUAGUUGAACUACUAUUAUUAAAAAGGAGCUUUCAUGUUAGAAUAAACUACAGCAUAGGAUUGUACAAUUAUAUUUAAAAUUCAAUUGCAAAAGUCUGUGAACACUUUACCAUUUACGUCACAGUAUGAAAUAAAAAGUUGAAUGAUUGGCAUACAUUUGCACUUCAAACAUCUGGGACAAAAUACUAAAUAAAUGAUUCAAAACCUUUACAAAACAGUCCUUCAAAACAAAAUACAUUAUUCAUAAAACAGGAAAGAAACCAUCACAGUCUUGUCCAGUGUAACAUCGGAACAACCCCUCAAACUAUGAGGGCAGGGAGG